AUUGGCCAGUUUGGGACAACAAUAGAGCGAGUGUUCUGGCUGCCUUUUGUGACCCCUGAAAACCAAGGAAGGGGGUGGGGGGCGCAAAGUGGACGCCACCAAUCCAGGUAGGGGAGGACCGGGGAAAGAAGAGUGGCGGGCCAAUCUAUGCGCGUGGAGACCUGAAGCGAGGGACUGGCCAAGUCCUGUGGAAGUCCGACAGGAUUUCUCCAUCAUGAUAAUGAUUGAAAGUGUCGACUCAGUGGUCAGUAUCUCCAGCCAGGACCUCUGGGCUGAAAUCUGUUCAUCUCUUCCACAUCCAGAGCAGACUGAAGACUCAAGCAAUGCAUUUGCAGAUUCCUUUACAGAUUCUUACUUUCACAUAGAAAGCCAGAAUGAUGUAAUGGACACCUCUUUUCAAGCCAACUUGAAGCCCUGGGCACCACUAAAAGAUUCAGAGGUCUAUUUGGCAUCUUUAGAGAGAAGACUGAUGAGAAUCAAGGGUUUAUCUCAGGAAGUAACUUCCAAGGAUAUGCUGCAUACCCUUGCUCAAGCCAAGAAGGAAUGUUGGGACAGGUUUCUGCAGGAGAAGUCUGAGUCUGACUAUUAUAUGGAGGGAACGGAACCUGAUGAGAGCACUUUGGAACACUUGAAGCGCUGGCUGCAGCCUGAUAAAGUGGCAGUCAGCACGGAGGAAGUACAGUAUCUGAUUCCCCUGGAAGCCCAUGUAGAGAAGCAGGACACUGAAGAAGAGUCUAUGGUGGCAGAACAGUGAAAAGCAUUCCGAUCUUGCCUCGUAUCAGGGCUGGUAGGGCUUGUAUUUUGAAAAGAGGGGGGAGGGGAAAUGCCCAUGCUUUGUUAAACUAGGCCUCAGUUUUUCCCCUCCACAGUACUUCCUCUCUUACGCAGCUGUUCCAGGGUACCGUGUUCCAAAAUUAUAGCCUUCUGUAGUUUGCUGAGGCAUAAUCUGAGCUGAAAGGUUGCAGUGUUGGCUAAUACGAUGAACUAGAGUCGCAUGAUGAACUAGAGUUGCAUGUGCAAGAUCAUUAGCUUCUAUUAUUUUCCCCACCCCUUCCUUGGGUUUUCCCUUGCAUCUGCAUUGUUCUCAGAACAUCUUACUGUAUUAUUUUUGAAAGACUGACAUAAAUAUGGAUUUCUUGUAUAAUGUCUCUAUAAGUGUGAUGCGCUCUGUGUCACCAGGCCCUAAUCUUUCCUUGAAAUGUGUAGAAGAUUGAAUUUUGAAAUUCCAGAAUACAUUGUAUAAUCCUAAGCAGAGAUGCACCUUUAAGCCCAUUUCGACUUCAAUGUACUUAGAAGGGAAUAAUUCAUUUUAGGAUGAUACUGAUAAAAACAUAUUUGACAUUCCUUACAUUACAGCAUGCCAUUCCCUAAUGGUAAUUCCUGAGGCUGAUGCUCCUCAGGAUUUGCAGUCACGUUAUGUCUUUCUUCCAGUACUGUUCUUUUUUAAACCAAAUGGUAUCUGAAUCUUUUUCUUGUGAUGAGUGAAAAGCAGCUGUGGGAAGGUCAGUGUUGAGUAGCCCUCUGUUGUGUAGGUUCAGCCUUAGAUAUAUGAAAAAUAUCUUCCAGCAAAAUAAACCCUUUCAGUUGAAACUGGUGUUUUCAUCUGCACAAAGAUUUCCCAUUGAUAAACAGUUAUGACUUUACACAAUCAUUUUUGUAUAACUUUGAGUUUAAAACUGUUUGGGAGUUGAUUUUCCUAGAAUUAUCAUUUGUAUUAUCUCUGUACUUGAGUGUUAUGACCUCUCCAAAAAAUCUGUGUUCCUAGCCAAUAUAUUCAUGAAUCUCUCCUUAUUCAGCCUCAGUUUUUAUAAUUAUAAGGAGAGAAAGCCAAUGAAUUCUGAAGCAAUCCUGGAACAAAACCUUUAUUUAGUAGUGAAUUUGAAUAAAAUAUGAGUUGAAAAAUA